UGUCAGGAUGGCAUGGACAGUGGUAGCCUGACGUCUGGCAUAGCUCGAAAGGUCUGCAUCCAGCGCCACCCGAUCCACGGCUUUGGCUUCAUUGCCGGCAGCGAACGGCCUGUCAUUGUACGCUCUGUCUCUGCGGGUAGGACACGUGUCUCUAGCAGGACCUGGGGACCAGACGUCUGCAGCCCACUGGGACACAGCAGCCGUCUGCUCCACCAGGCCACCCAAUCUCAUCUACGCUAAAAGUGACUGCUUGUUUUAUUGUAUAUACUCGUAUUUGAAUGUCUCAGGUGCACGGUGCAUUGCACGUACACUCAAUAACCCAAAUCAAUAUCAUUUACAAUUCUAAUUGAGUUGCUAUACCAUUAAGGUAGAGGUGAUCCAAUUGGUGGCUUCAUGAGCAGGUAUUGAGAAGAAAUGAUCACCUAUAGCCAUGCUAUCUAAUAAAAAAAUUACACAAAUUCUGUAUGUUGGCUUGCAGACGGGCCAUCUGAUGGUAAGCUUUUUGCUGGUGAUCAGAUCCUAGUCAUCAACGAGGAAAACGUCAGUGACGCUCCCAGAGAGAGAGUCAUAGACCUUGUAAGGAAUUGCAACGAUUCAAUUGUACUCACUGUGCUGCAGCCUCUACAGUCGCCUAAAUCAGCCUUCAUAAGUGCAGCCAAGAAAGCUCGCCUGCGAACCAAUCCCCCCAAAGUGCGCUUUUCUGAGCAAGUGUCCAUCAGUGACCCAGACUCAGUAUGUCCUGCUGCCUGUCACGCUCAUCUUUUUCCCCAAUUCAUAUCAGAUUUAACGUGCUUGGGGUGGUUUCUGAAAUGAAAAUCAUAAAAUAUUGACAAGUAGCACAGCACCGGGAUACUGGGGAACACCAAGAAGGUGGCUGCCAAUUUUGUACAGUGAUUUGUUAUGACUGUCAUGUGGCCCAUGGCAGAAUGAUUCAAAUUCGAAGGUUAAUAUGUUCCUCAGUCGGUGGCCUUCGUGGUGCCACAUUGCAGUCAUUUCAGACCCUACUCAUCUCAUUGCAUCAUACUGUAGAUCCCAUUAUCCAGGGGACCAAGCAUAAGUUCUGUCUCAUUGUACACCCAUUCCACCAUUCUGAGAAGUAAAGGAAAGUGAUAUACAAACCUUUAGGCUGUUCUGACUCCCUCAUUUUUACAUAAGUAGUCCUUUCACAGUGAGCUUUCACACUAUAUACAGUAGCUUAAGGUAAAGACAGAGCAUAUAUUCUUCAGGGUAUUUAAAAUAUUUGCUUUUUUUUCCAAAAAAUCUUUAGUUUAUGGUGUGGUUUCAGAGUUACUCUACCCAAAUUCCAACCAUAUAGAUUAGGACUGAAGCCAGACAAGGAGGGUAUAAUAAUUCAUGAAUAACUAGCAUGUACCUUCCUUUUGUUGUCCAGAACGUGAAAUGAGACAAAACUCACGUAAAACAUUCACCACACCUUUAAUGAACCUGGCACCAAAAUUGAGCAACCGCUUCUAAUGUCUAUUAAUGAAAUAAUGGAAUUCAAGGGCAAAAUGGCAAAAGGGGAAAGCUGUUAAAAAAGAUGCAAAUUAAUGGACUAUGCUCAAGGAAAUCCCAGAAUGAAAGCCGGUUUAGUCUAGAAUCUUAUUAGGUAUAGUAUAAUUAGAUGAAGAACAGAGACACACUGCACCCAGCUGUGACUUAGUUUUCCAAUAACACUUAAUGUUAUUCCUAGGAGUCCAUUCAUUUGUAGCUUUUCAUUUGCGCUAAAGCUGCCAUCCCCUCUAGCUGGACAUGGGCAUGGGUCGAUAGUGCCCAUGUUAACAUUUCCUUCCAUGGGUUAUGUCCUAUACAGUCUCAUAUCUGCCUUGCGAGCAAGGAAGAUUGAACACAACACCCUUGGGUGCUGCGAACACCAAUUUAAAAAAGAGGAAGAAUGGGAGGGGCGUGCAGCUCUCCUGGAAGAAGAAGCUCGCUGAUCAGGCCUAGAGGGCCCAAAUCGACCAUGCUGAAAGACGACUCAUUGCUGCUCAUACCAAAUGUGUUGAAGGUGUUCCUGGAGAAUGGGCAAAUCAAGUCCUUUACUUUUGACAACCGCACCACAGUCAGGGAUGUCAUAUCCUCACUGCAGGACCGCCUCUCCCUACGCUACAUCGAGCAUUUUGCUCUGGUUCUGGAGUCUGGAGGACUCGAUCACAAACAGAGACUGCACCUGCUACAGGAAAGCCAACCUCUCUCUCAUGUGGUACACAGAACCUAUUUCCAGGGGAUGCGCUGCCUAUUUCGGAUCUGCUUCUUCCCCAAAGACCCUGCAGACUUACUGAGGAGGGAUCCUGCUGCAUUUGAGUACUUGUACAUACAGAGUCGCAACGAUGUCAUCAAGGAACGAUUCGGAAUGGACUGGAAGUCAGACAUAACACUUAAGCUGGCAGCCCUCCACAUUUACAUCACAGUGUCAGUGGCGAGACCCAAUCAGAAGAUCUCCCUUAAGCAUGUCGAGAAAGAAUGGGGUCUGGAACCUUUCCUUCCUCUUACCUUGUUGCCAACUGUCAAGGAGAAGAAUGUCUGCAAGACCCUUUCCCAACUUCUAAAGACUUAUCAGCACCCUCCACCUGCUGGCAACAAGGUGCCUCCUCUUCAAGGAAAGUUACAAUACAUACGUGUGCUAAAUGACCUUCCACCAUUUGGAGGCUUAUUGUUUCAUACAGUUGGACUGGAUGAAAAACAUACCGCCACUACACUCUUGGUAGGGCCCAGACAUGGCAUCAGUCAUGUCAUUGAUUUGAAAAAUAACCUCACAACAGUCUUGGCUGAAUUCAGCCGUGUAGCAAAGGUGCAGUUGUUCCGGGAACACCAGGGAGUAGCCCGUGUAGAAGUGGCUAUUAUUGACGCUAAGCCCCUCGUCUUGCUGAUGGAGUGGCCAGAUGCAUCAAACUUUGCCUGUUUGAUUUCUGGGUAUUACAAGCUCUUUGUGGAUCCCAAAAGGACCAUCUACUACAGGACACCUGGUCAGUCUCAUAUGAUCAAGGCAGAUUUCAGAAGCCCCCAUCCUCAUUCCCGCUCUGGGGCCUCUGUGUCAAGUAGCAGUCAACGUGAAGAGAGAGAGGGGCCACCCAGAGAGGUGUCGCAGAAGAUAUCAGCACCACCACCGUCACAACACCUUGGCCUCUGUCACAUACAUUUGAAAGAGCAGCAGCAGCUGCAAGAUCUCCAAAUGCAGGCGGAGGAACAGCUGGAUAUUAACGAGAACUUCAUAUCCAAGUCACAGAACCGCUCACGUGCCAAGUCCGAUCCCACUCUCAAAAGUAUUGAAUCACUGGCUGAACUCGAGAGCCCAGCUCAGGACAGCUCAGGCUUCAGAGGCAGGGCUAAAACAAUGGAGAACUCAAAGCGUACAGGGAGAUUCUUCUGUGACUCUUGCAAGGCAAAGCUUAAAGCUGGAGGUGUAAUGACAGAGAAAGGCACUUCUGGAAAACAUGCUUUGCAAAGCAUUAAUGCCUGUGCCUCCUGUGAAAGUGGAGCUGUUGAUCUAAUGGCUCUUCCUCCUCCUGGUAGUGAGGAAGAUGAAGAGAUUGAGGACGGAGGAGUAAAACUGCAACCGCCUCCUCCUGCAAUAGCAGCACCACCUCCAGGGUUUAGAGAUAAUAGCUCAGAUGAGGAUGACGCUAAAAAGAAUCGGAAGGCUAUUGCCACCACUGGUGCUACUGCAGCUGCAGCACCUCUGGCAGAUACUCAAGAGAAAGUACCUGUGACAUUAAUUGAUACUGUGGCCCCAAGGACAGUGAGAGACCAUGCUCAGGAGCUCGAUGAUGCUUUAGUGUCCACUCUGCAAGCACUGGAAGCACUUGCUGCAUCAGAGGAUUACCCUCAUCAUCAUCAACAGACUCCACAGACAGCAGGGUUGAUUGUACUGGCUGCCAUUACUCCAGAGUCUUCACUCGACUCUGGACAUGAGACCAACUCCUCAGAGCUAACAGAUGUGUCAGAAAUGGUUUCUGCCAUGAAGCACCAUCAAAAUCAGGCUUACCUUUUGGCCCACCACAUUAACAAGGAACGCAUAUUUAGUCGACGUGACUUCCCUUUGACAAUUCCUGGUUGCACAGCACAAGCGAUUGGAGGAGGGGCUUUUUCUAUGGGUCAAAUCCGUGCCGGUUGUCCACCUAGGUCUGUGAUCCUCAGUAAAACUGUGCCCUUGAAGGUCAGUUCUUCUCAAGGGACUGCACUAUCUAGAGUUUCAAUGGAGCAAGGCAAGCCCGAAGAGGUAAUAAAGAAUGAACAAGAUUUAGAGAAAGCUAAACAGUGUUCUGUAGAACAUGCUCCACUUGCAGGAGAGAAGUUAAAAACUCUUGAACAGGGCACUUCUGAGGUCAAGAAAGAGAUGUUAUCAUUGCCUAAGGAGGGUAAGCUAAGCUCUAAUAUCUCUGAAAAUGUCAAGGAGAAAAGUCCAAGCCACACAACACCAGAUACAACCAAUAAAGCCUUACCCAUUUCCUUGCCUCUGGAUAAAAAAUCUUCUGCAAUUAUUUCCCCAACCAAGAUAUGCCAAGAUGAUGAGGUUGCCUCAAGUGAGACCGAUAAGCCUUCAAGUUCAAAGGGCCUACUGCCAGUUGAUGAUCUGUUCUGCACAUGUCCAGCUCGAUCAGAACCAGGGCAACAACUGAGACAGAAGGACCCACUGACCCAAAAGGUAGUGUUGCACUCAUCCUCUCCUAAAGAUGAUGAGCGACUCUGUGCCAAAGGACUACAUUUAUCUAUCAACAAAGACAGCACAGUUAGAACUGCUGAUAUAAACUUAGCUAAGCCUAAAGUCCUCACCCCAGCAAAGUACUCCCCAGUUGUGCCUGUGAAAAUGGAAGGGAAGGACACAUGCGAGAUCACUACAGACAACUCUAAAUCUACAGUCAUUGCUGAACCACAGAAAAACACCAAAAGUGUGCCGGUCCUCGUAAACACAAAACAUAUUUUGAGCUGUGGAGAAAAAGGAGCAACCAUUCCUGGAGCAGAGUAUAAGAAGCAAGCGAACAGCAAAGGCAAGUCCCAGCGUAGUGCUCCGUUUCUAAGCAUUAGAAAUCUCAUUUCAGCCACAUUUCCUGCUCGCCUGCGUCGGGAGACAGAUGAACGUCGUGCACAGCUCCAGAAAGUAAGGCAGUAUGAACUAGAGUUCCUCGAGGAGCUUCUAAAGCCUAAGACAUCACAGGGCGAGUUCCUUUCCCAAGGGUCAUCUCCCAUCCCAUCAGGUACUCCAUGUUCAUGCCAGCUGCGCACAAGCCCAGUGCAGAAAGUCCCCGGUAUCUCACGAGAGCAGAGACGUAGCUGUGACUGCAAGAGGAUGUGUAGGGCAAUGCGUCUCCCUGAUACUCCCAUAGGUUCUGCAGUGGAGCAUAGAGGCAGAGAGAGAACCAUCUCUAAAACUUCCCCUGCAAAACCAAAAUCUCCACACAUUCAAGGAACUGCUACACAAGCUCAAACUUUGGAGAUCAAAACCACACGAAUCCGUUCCACAAGCCUGGAGUCAAGAGAACUCAGCGAAACACAUAUAUCCUGUUUACCAACUUGUACCUCCCAUUCAGAAUGUACUGGAGCACCACAGUACAAAAAAAUACAAAGACGAUAUAGCAUAGGGGAAAUUGAUAAUGACAGCACACCCCUUUAUGCUGAGGUUAAAACAACCAAAACAAAAAGCCUGGAGAAGGAAAUGGAAAGAGUUCGGGCUACAGGCCUACAACUUCCCACUCCAAUAGAACCUAUUUAUACACAAGGUGGAGAUUCUAAAAAGAAAGGAGUAUUCUUUAUCCAGGGUGAAGAACUUGUCCGUCAGAGUCGAGAUGGAACCAAUGAGGUUCUACUUGGUUUAAGUGAAGAGAAUGAAGACAGGGAAAAAUGUUGCUCCUUUUGUUUUUGUUAUCGCAAGUGCGAGGCUGCUGAUGAGAGCAGCGAUAAAGAUGAACUUUCAUAUUCCAUUCCCCUACAAGUCUUACCUGGGAUGCAGCUUGAUUCAAGAGCUAUGCCAGUUGUCAGCAAGACAUUGCAGGUACUUGAUGCUGAGGACUGCAGUGGAGAGGAAGAAGAAGAGGAGGAGGAACCACAAACGCAGGAGAUUGACCUUCGGACCUGUGGCAAUUUGGAAACAAGCAUGGCACGAGUGCAGACCCUGCAAGGAAAAACUUUCUGUUUACCCGAUGGCUUCCUAAAUGCACAACUUGAUGCUAAUGAAUUGCUUUCUAUUUUACGACAGUGUGCCAACAGUCCCCAGAUAGAUGGUGAACCACGAAUGCCUACAGCAAAGUUGGUAGAAUACAAGCAAGAACUUGCAGUCCGCUUCAAAGAGUUUAGGGCUUCAUGUAGAAGAGUGGCAAGUGUUGAGAAAAGUCCCUCACGAAUGCUAAGUGCUGUCACAGCCAGCUUCGAGGUGUUGUGCAGCCUAACUCAGACAUUCAUUCGCUUGGUACGAGGUGUACGAUCUGAAACCCAGAGGUUACAGCUCCUACGAAAGGUAGAAGAGGUUGCAGUGAACUACACUCUGCUUCUCCGUGCUGCUGAGGAGGCAAUGGGGCAUUCCUGCAGCUUGCCAACAAAGAGUGCAAGUCUCCCCACCACCACCAAUAUGGGCUCUCUUACUCGUUCCAUUAAAACCUUGCCCAGCAAGUAACACAUCCUUUUUGCACAAUAUAUCACUUGAGGAAACUUACUCGUGUUGCAAAACACUCUUGGAUGAUCUAUUUCUUUUCUUUUCUUUUUUUUAGCACCCAUGUCUACCAAAUUCCAUAAAAUACCAUGAUAUGUUUACAAAAUUGUGUCAGCACUAAGUUGCUUAACUGUCCAGAAGACAAAGGACCUUUGACUACCUUGCACAAACAUUGUGCCAAAAAGGGAGAACAAUGGUACCAUCCUUUGCCCUCUGCUGUAUGGAUGAUCAACAGGGCUACACACUUAAAACUUACAUAGCGAUUAUCUUUGUGAAAAGGCAGAUUUUUUUUAACCAUUAUAAUUAUUCCUGUGUUGAAUAAUUACUCACAUGCAGUAAUACAUUGUGUAAAAAAAAAAUUCUAUAUAUAUUUCAGAGGAAUUAUACAUAAAAUGAAUAUAUGCCUGGGGCAAAAACAUUGCAGAGAAAUGUUAAGUAGCAGAUUCUGUGAAUUAGAUAGUGAAAGAUGGUUAUUUGAUGUGCUUGUUUGUACAAUUUUGAUUGUUGUGAUAUGAAAUAUAAGUAUCGCCUUUGUUGCAAUAUCUCAUUUUAACCUAUUUGAAAAACAAAGUCUAAAUUUACACAGUUAAAAUAAAUUUUCAUGAACACACAUGGCCCACUCACAAGGUGGUGAAACGGUGAACCUGCUCAGGGCAGACAAUGUAGCAGAUAUCCAAAUUCACUGAUAAAACAUUCCUUUCUGUUUUCAUUAUACACCACUGAGCUUGAACUCACCCCAGAAAAUUAAAGUUAAAAGAAUACUCACUUUGGAAUGAAAUACAUUUUUUUGCCACACCUCAAGUAGUUUUAGAAGCAACAAUGUGAUCACAGGCAAUUUGUUGAUAAAAUCUGAUCCACGAAGUCAUGCUUGUAUUGACAAAUUAUCUAUACAUGUAUAAGUGUUAUUAUGGCUUAAAAAAAAAAAAAAAAUCGCGAUUCCAGUUUUUUGACAUUUAAUCCUCUCCUCUACAUCAAUCUUGCAAUCACUUUGGAUUUCCAUGUGGUCAUUGUGCACUCACAGAGUAUAUUAAAGAAACCCAAAUAUAAGCCUUUUAUAUAUUUUAAUAAAAUCAACAGCCUUUUUCUGUCUGAAAACUUGUGUCUCCUGAUCUUGCAAUUUAUAAUCAGAGUAAUCGAAUCACACCUCUUGUAUAUCACUGUUCUGGUGUCUUGCAUGUUAACACUUCAAACUCUUUUAAUGUGAAUUUCCAUGAAGUGGAUACUAUAAAGUCAACAAUGUGCCGGAUGACUGUUAUUGGAUAUGACUGAGUAUAACGUUAGUCAAAGGGAAUACAAAACCAAACUUUUGAAGUUAGAUUUUCUCAUGAAAGCGUUCUCUUCUUUAAUUUAUAAAAAUGUUGUAAAGGACAUGAGAUUGUGCAGCUUAAACCAUUUUGAAAUUAUUAUAACACUGCAACAGAUUUCUCAAAGACCUUCGAAUUUUUUUUAAGCAAAAACUCACGAGUGUAAAGUAUAGUUUAUAAUUUAUAGCAGUAAUGUAUCAUAGUUACAUAGUAUCUCUAUUUUAACAAAUAUAUAUAUUAUCUAUAAAAAAUAUAUACACACAGCAUGUGACAUGUUUAUUUUUAUAAAACACAAUACAGUGAUAUUCACUUAUAGUUCCGAAAAUAUCUUUGAAAUCAUGGUUUGGUUGCAUCGCCAAAUACGGCUUGUCCUUGUGUGCCUUUUUUUUUCCUUUAUGUACAUUUUAAGUUCUUAUGGGUCUCUGUCAAUGCGUCUGCCCUCACUGUGUUUUGUCUAUGUGCAAGGUCAUGUUUAAAAGCAAUAAAGAAUAGUAAAAUUA